CGAUGUCCCCCACCAGCCCCCACUUGGCCGCCUCGUCCAGGAUGGCCCGCUGCACCACCUCACGCAACUCCAUCACUCGACCCCCCACACCGCCCACCACAAAGCACCGCAGCUGCGGCACACGCACCACCUGGCCGCCCACAUCGGCCGUCCCGCCCACCACCGCCCUGUUGCUGCUGGCCUUGAGGACUGCCGACUUGACAAAGUGCGCCGCUGCCGCACACACACGGCGGGCCGUGUCGCUGUGCCGCACCCCGAUGGCCUCAGUGGUGGCGGAUGCCGCUGCAUCCGCGUAGAAGAGGUAUGACGCGAUGCGCCAGCCGAAGAUGGGGGCCUCCUGCGGGCCGACGGCCAGCCGGGGGGUCAGGAGGGCCGCGAGGGAGCGAUGUUGGGCGAGGGCGGCGUUGACGGCAUCCAUGACGGGGGGACCCAGCUCGUUCAGCACCGUGGUGUAAUCGGUUAGCACUAACUGGCGGUCACGGUGGUCCUCCUUUGUGGCUGUGGGGGUGCUGCUGAUGUCGGCACCCGCCCGCAGCAAGGUUCGGAUGGUGCGCUUGUCGUUGUCAAUCUCGGCGCGAAUCUUCUCCCUGGUGUCCUCGGGGUUCUCCGGGUCCUGCAGCUGUUGGGUGUGACGAUCGAGCCACCUGGCAGUCCGGGCGAGGGGCGUGUCGCAAGAGCUAUCCUCGGAUAGCCUGUUGAUGUGGGCAGCGGGCAGCUUUCGGCAGAGGUAGUCGACCACGUAGGGAGAGCCAUGCAAUGCCGCUCCGUGCAGUGGUGUCCGUCCACUGCCAUCGACUGCCGUCAUGUCGGCCCCGCUCGCUGUGACGAGGUCCAGGUAGCUGUCGACGAAGGACGGGGGGAAAUGGCCCUGAGCCCGCUCGGCUGCCCGAUGCACCAGGUUGAUGCCGUUGAAGCGUCGCUGGGUGGCGAGGGUGCGGUCUCGUGCGAUGAGUUGCUGAUACAUCGACAGCAACACCUGCAGAUACUCGGGGGGAGGCGGAUGCAGCGGCUCGGGCAGCUCCAUCACCAUGAGUGCGUCUGAUGGGCGCUCGACAUCUUGACGCACCAUCAGGAUUUGGAAGGCCGUCUGAUUGCCGGAUGCAAUCGCCAAGUAAAGGGGGGUCUGGUCGGUCCCAUCGGCUGCCGCAUUGGGGUCGGCGCCUCCGUCGAGGAGUGCGGUCAGGACGGCCGCCUGCAGUUCGUCAGACGACCACUGGGGCAGGGCGACGGGACAGGGGACAGGACCAUGAUCGUCGUCUUCGACCCACGCUUCGAUGGUCUUGACGGUGUAGUCCGACUUGUCGUCGAUGGCGAGACACAGGAGUGGGUAGCCGUAGACAGCACCACUGCUGUCCCUGCCCAGCAGCCCAGGCAUGACAUCUGGGUCGGCGCCCUGCUGCCGGAUGAGGUCGGUCACUUGCCGUGCGUCGGUGAAGCGGCGGCCGAUGAUCCACCACGACAGCUCUCUGGUGGCGUCGCUGGUGCCCUUGAGGAACCGAGCCUCCAGCUCGUCGAGUCCGAUAUAGCCGUCAGCCACAGGGACAGCCGGAUCCACCAGGCCCACGAGAAGACAACCUGCAACACAGACAGCCGCCACACAACGGACGGCGAUUGAAUGUCUGUGCGCACAGGAUCCUCUCUCACGGCUGUCUGGCGUACCUUCCUUCUCAUAUGGGUAGUGGUCGUCCGAGUCUCUGUCAUCGAUAUUAAUGUCAUCUUGGUCGUCAUCACCAGCCUCCACCUGCGUGCCACCCUGACACACAACAGAGGCGGGGGGCGGAAAAUAAAGUAUGUGCAUCCAUCGCAUGGACCACUGUUGGUGUUGAUGGGUGCCUCACCGAUUCGUCUCCAUCUGCUGCCUGCGGACCAUCACCACCGUCGGCCAUCUCAUAGGCCAUCGCGCCCUCCUGCUCCUGGUCGCCUGGACACCAACACACACACCCUCACCGACCCUGUAUGAGCGUGCUGCUGAUGUGUGUGAGUCGAAUGGUCUGUGUGGCACGUCUGAUCACUCACCGCUGUCUGCGCCAUUACGAUGUCGUCCCUCCGGCUGCCCACUGCCGUCACUAUGCUCCUCCUCAUCUACGUCGCCUGCACACACCAUCGAAGGCACAGGUACACACACACGUAAUGGCGAGGACGGUGUGUGUUUGAUGUGUUGUUGUAGUGGUGUGUGGCGUACCGUCGUCGUCACCGUCACCGUCACCGUCCGCCAUGGCAGCGGAGGCCAUGUGGGUGUCGUGACCGUCGGACAU